AUGCCAACCCUGGUUGUGGGAACGCUGCCCACCCACCUGGGGGACACGUCUCAGCCUGGCCCUGAGGACAGCCCAAGGCAGGGCCCCUUCUCCCAUGGGGCCCCCGGGAGAGCAGCCAACUGGGAGGCUGGGGCCAAGCCCAGGUUCCGUGCACCUGCAGCCAAGGAUGACAUGGCGGCCCUGAGGUGGCCCAGGCCCUCCUGGCAGCCGGACCCGCCCUGGGCAGCUCUCCACAUGGUUGGGUCUGAUGACCUCAAGGAGCCAGGCCCCCAGGGGAAGGCCCACAGCCUGCCUGUGUGGUCCGCAGGCCCGGACGCCCGGGAUGGGGACAGCUCGGUGUCAUCAGGCCGGCUCUCGGGCUCCUCAGGGGGCCACAAGGAGCAUGUGUCCUGGAAGGAGAGGCCGCCCCAGGUGUUGCGGCCCCGGCGGCAGCCCAGAAAGAGUGACCCUCGGCUGGAGCAGCUGAGAGACAGGAUCCGGGCCCAGGCGCGGUGGCAGGGGAGCUGUGCGUCCCUGGGGGCCUCAGACCCCUCCAGUCUCCACAAAGCCCUGGCGCUGGCACUUAGGAGGAAGACCCAAGAGACGACAAACCCCUCUCCAGCCUCUGAACGCUCAGAUUCGGAGCUGGCUGGCGUGCACGCCUGGAGGAAGGGACAAGCUCUAGUGAGGUCCCUGCUUGGGCCCCCUCCCGCCCUCCGCGGGUUCCAGAGCAAGGCCCCCUGCAGACACCCGGCUCUCGCCUCGGACUUAGGGGGCAGCAGGAAAGUCACAGCUACCAAGCGCUCGCCUGUCUGUGCCCGGUGGCCGAGUGCCACCUCCGCCCACAGUGACCAGCAGGCGUCCGGGAACACACCCAGCCUGGCUUCCUUUGACCAGCCGGCGACCAUCCAGACGGCCAUGGCCAUCCUACGAGACCUGCGCCAGCAAAUCCAGGCUGGGCUGGAGCUGGCCCAGAGCCGGGAGGGGGGCCGGGAGCUCGGGCCGUCAAAGCGGAGGCUGCAGGACGUGGCAGGAAAGGGCCCCCGCAGGGACCCGGGAGCACACAGCUCCUCCUUUAAGAGUCCCUGGGCCGGGACGGAGGGGAAGCGUUCCUCUUUAGAGAGGGCUAGGAGUUUCCACUCCUGGCAGCCCCGGAGCCUCUCCCCUGAAUGGGAGUCCUGCCUGCAGGGGGCCUGGGGGGUCCCAAAACAGGACCACUCCUUCCAGAGGCCAGAGAGUCCCCGUGAGAGGUUGGGCCGCUUCUCCCGGCGGCCCUGGAGUACGUUGGCAGGGCAGGCCUGCAGUCCACAGAGGGCCUGGGGGGCCCAAAGACAGGGCCGCGCCUCCCAGAGGCCCGGGAGCCCCCCUGAAAAGCUGAGCGCCUCCCCCCGGCAGCGCUGGAGUGCUGUGGCCAUGCAGCCCUGUCCUCGGAGGGCCUGGACUGCUUGUGAAGACCCGGAGGCCCCGGUCCCCAGUCCAUGGAACCCUCUGGAAAGGCCCAGUCCUCCAGCCCAGCGCCCCUGGAGCAGCUCCUGCGUGCAGAGGGCCGGCCCCCUGGCCCAGGGCAGACGCAUUGGCUCCCCUGUCUCAGGUGCCAAGCAUGCCCUGCCAAGGCCCACAGGGAGCUUCCCUCAGAGCCCAUCUGGGAAGGAGAAGGACGCGCUGCGGCCCUGCCCCAGGCCCCGGGGGCUCCCAGGACACAGCCCCGAGUCCCUGCGGGAGUUCAUGCGCCAGAAGGCGAAGGCGCGGCGGCGCCAGGCCCUGGAGGAGAAGGCGGCGGCCCUGCGCGCCCGGGAGCUGAGGAGCCGGAGGCUGCAGGAGGUCUACAGGCAGCAGAGGGAGGCCGUCCUCCGCACCGCGGUCCCCGUGGUCUCCCAGACCACCCCUGGCAUCGUGACCUUUGUCCCCAGUUCCGCACAGUCUGGGGAUCUGGAAGCCUCCGGGAGCCUGGAGUCGCCCGUGCUGGAGUGGAGCAAGGUGACCUCUGGCGUGGUGCUGGGGGGCCAGGAAGCCCCAGGCAGCUUCUGCCUGUGUUUGAACAGAGCCUGGAACCGUGCUGAGACCCUAGAGCCCCCAGGGACAGGGGGCCCCCAAGAUGGCCGGGAUGCCCCCACACUGCUGUUAGCCUCACCCUCACUGGGAUCCCUGGAGCCCCAGGACCUGACUGCCCGCUACCUACCCCGGGGGCUGUGCAUCUACCUGGACCCAAAGGAGGCCGAGCACCUGGGCACUUCCAGCCCCCUGCACCUCCAGCAUAAGCAGGCGCGGCUGCAGGCGCUAGAGACCACAGCCAGAGUCCUCAAGCAGCGGGUUGACAGCCUCACCGCCAAGCUGCAGGGUGCCGAGGCACCGGACACCAUCGGGGACCCAGCCUUGGGCCUGCCAUGCUCACGGCCCCACACCCCGCCUGCUGCCCCCACGCUUGCCGCCCCAGCUUGCCCUGGAGGCUUGAGGCCCAACGGGGGCAGAGGGGCGCCCAGGGACUGGGCCAGCGUGCAGCCCCAGCCCCUUCUCCCCGCCACCUGCUUCCUGGAUGGCAAGACACUGCCGUGGGGCCCCAGCUGGGAGCAACAGCAGAGCAUGAGCCUGAGGGCCCACCACGAGAGCAAGCCCCGAGAUUUCCCAGAAGAGGGACUUGUGGACGUGAAACUGGACAAAAGGCUGCAGAGAGGCGUGGCCCCCUUCCGGGCCCUCGGCACCUCUGCGGGGAGCUCACACACGGACCCUAUCUGGGGCUCCCUGCGCCUGGGGGAGAUGCCGUCGGCCAGAGGGGCAGACUCCGUGGCGCCCUGGACCCCCCGGAGCUGCGGUAAGGGCGACCCUGCGGACAGGCCCCGGGCUGGCUGGUUGGGUGGCCAGGGGCGUCUGCGGGAAACCCUUUCGCUGCCUGGCACUCGAGCUUGGCCCCGAGGGGUAGAGAAACCCUUUUCCAUGUGGAGAGCAUCCACACCUCGGUAUUAAAGGUUUUGGAGGCUUUCGGG